UGAAAAUCCCACACACACUUGAACACCUGAGAGAACUGACCAGAGAGGGGGGUCAGGAUAUGUGAGUGAGUGUGUGUGCAUGUAAAUUAGUUGGAAUUGUUGCUUUGUCAUCAUGAGUCUCAAAAGCAGGAAGUUCUCACUGGACAGCUCUGUAUCUCAGAACGGAGGUGGACACUCUGGUGCGAGGAGAGGCAGCGGCAGGACAUCGAGAAACAGCCAGAGUCUGGACGAGGCCCGACUGGAGAUCGAGGAGAUUAAUCACAGCCUCCACUCCAGCAUGACCAUAGCAGAGGAGAGCCAGGAGCGCUCACAGGAGUUUAUCAAUCAUAAAUACCUUAAAAGCUUCCACAAGCUGUUCCCAGAUAUCCCCGAGGGGGAGAACCUGACACACGUGUUCACCUGUGCCUUGCAGAAGGAGGUGCUGUAUCACGGAAAACUCUUUGUUUCCAAGAGCCACGUGUGUUUCUACUCAUCCGUGCUGCUCAAAGACACCAAGGUGGUGAUUCCUACGUCCAGUGUCAGGGAGGUGAAGAAGCAGAAAGCAGCUUUGUCCAUGCUGUCGAUCCAAACUGCUGAUGGAGAGAAGUACUCAUUUGUGUCUUUGAGGAACCGUGAAUUGUGCCUCACACUCCUGGAAAGCCUCUGCUCAUAUGCACAGGGAGAGGGUCCAUACAGCAGCCAUCACCUCUCCUCUCUAGAAAAUUCAGCCGAUCACGAUGUGGUCUCCAGUUAUUCCAGUAUGGACGAGAGCCUGGAUCGAGAUCUGAGCCGAAGAAACAGCAUCGAUUAUGACAACUUUUCUGAACAAGCCAGUGAAGAUGCAACGAGAUGCAGAUCCACUCCUCACAGAAGCCCUGUGAAUAAAAACAACAGAGCUGCAUCGUGGAUCUGGAGCGGCGUGGAGAAGGCGGCGUCAUUGCUGUUCGUCAGACAAAUGAGGAAUCUCAGCGUUUUCUUCUACGUCUACUUUAUGUUAAUUGUGCUGCUGCUGCUGGCGUCUGGCUACAUGUCGCUGAAGAUCUUAGCGCUGGAGGAGCAGCUGAUCUACUUGGGAGUCCAGACUGAGCUGUCUCUGCACCACAGAGAGUACCAGGAGACGUAGCCUGUGGCUGAGGAUUGAUUCUUCCAGGAAAUCGUGCAAUGUGCCACUGGGUUCAGAGCCCACCCUGAGCCCUGUCUAGACACACUCCCCAAAGCAUCUUAACAGUGAGACUCCGUC